AUAUUGGGCUUCGCUUCGUCUUGGAAGCGAGAGGCCAGGCGGCUGCGCUUUUGCCUGCUGGUUGGUGCUGCUCUUGCCUCUUGCUGGGACCGGAGUUUCUUUUAAAUCGUCUCUGAGGAAGCAGCCUCAAACUAGGCUUCCUAGUUUGUGUUCAUCGCAGUUCAGAUUAGCCAGAAAGCGGAGUGGGAGAAGCCUCUCCCGUUCGGUCUUCCUUAUAUCUUAACCGGGAUAAGAAUGAGAAUAUGAGCCAGAGAGACAUUUGCGUACAUCUCUUUGCUGGAGGAUGUGGAGGCACAGUAGCUGCAAUCUUGACAUGUCCACUAGAAGUUCUGAAAACACGAUUGCAAUCAUCAUCUGUUACUCUCUACAUUUCUGAAGUUCAGCUAAAUACUGUGAAUGGUGCAAGUGUUAAUCGGGUUUCUCCACGGGCUUUCCAUUGUUUUAAGAUGAUCUUACAAAAUGAGGGUCCCCGGUCAUUUUUCAGAGGACUAGGUCCUAAUUUGGUAGGCGUGGCUCCAUCCAGAGCGCUAUAUUUUGCAACUUACUCCAAGUCCAAAGAAAUUAUGAAUAACAUAUUUGAGCCAGAUUCUACUCAAGUACAUAUGACCUCAGCUGGCGUGGCAGGUUUUACUGCCAUCACAGUAACUAAUCCAAUUUGGUUAGUAAAGACACGAUUACAACUUGAUGCAAGGAAUCGUGGAGAAAGACGGAUGAAUGCUUUUGAAUGUGUACGCAAAGUUUAUCGGUCAGAUGGAAUUAAAGGUUUUUACCGAGGGAUGUCUGCCUCUUACGCAGGCAUAUCAGAGACUGUUAUUCAUUUUGUUAUUUAUGAGAAUAUUAAACAAAAAAUCUUGGAAUGUAAUUCUGCUUCUGGAAUGGGUAAAGAGGAUGAGCCUGUCAAAAAAGCAUCUGAUUUUGUUAGUAUGAUGGCAGCUGCAGCCACUUCGAAAACCUGUGCUACAUCUAUUGCCUAUCCACAUGAGGUUGUACGAACAAGACUACGAGAAGAAGGAACAAAAUACCGAUCCUUUUUCCAGACGCUGUCAUUGCUUAUGCAAGAAGAAGGCUAUAGUUCUUUCUAUCGUGGCCUAGCCACACAUUUGAUAAGACAAAUACCAAACACGGCUAUAAUGAUGACUACCUAUGAAGUGGUAGUCUACUUGCUCAAUAGACAGCAGCACUACUAUCUGACUAUCGGGAAGUGAAAGACCAAAAGUUUGCAAUGGACCAUAAACAUUCUGAAUGAUAGACAGCAGCUAUACAUAUUUACAUCAUCCAGGUAUAUCACCCAUAUAUCAACUAUAUGCAGAUAUGGACAAAGUGGAAGAAUGUUGAUAGGCAAGCACUUCACACUUCUGCUGGCUUGUCAUAUGGUAUCUCUUGCAAGUUGUUCUUAAGGACUGCAUUUAACAUGUCAUACUUCAGUUGCAAUUUCCUCUUACCAUGUUAACUUUUUUACUUCUAUGCAGCGAGCUGCAAGGGCUUGGUGUGAACAAGGAGGUUGUAACGGGUUUUAGUGCAAGGUGUAAAUCCAUUACUGGUUGUAGAAUUAUGUUCUCCUACAGCAGUUUGAAGGCUAUGUCAGCGUAAAGCAGAUUCGUGCUUGUAUCUGAAAGUCCAUUUUGCAAUUGAAAUAAAAUGAAAGGUGAAGAUUUACAUUAAGCUUCCCAUUUUACUACCUCAAUGGGUCUCAGAAGGAAAUGUAAAUUCCUACAUUCCUCUAAAAACAUAGUGAUAUCCAUUUGUUUAUACAUAGGGGCAGGGCAGGAAGAACAAAAUUCUAAUAAUUUUAACAUCUGACCCUGGGGUUCAGUGUGCCAUAGGUGCAUAUUUUAAUAACCCACUUAUUUUAAUUUUUUGCUGUACAAAUAGAAGAAUGUUAAGAUCUGUGUAAGAUUUACUUCUGUUCUCCUGCAUGCAUCUGCUGAUGGAUCCCAGUAGGACUUAAAAGUAUUUCUAGAUUGUGUUAUUUUGAACCAAGAAGCAACCAAUCCUUGAAGUGUGGCAAAUAACUUAAUAAUUCAGCAUUAUGUCAGACUUCAGCAAACUUAAUUCUUGUAAGAGUUACUUCACCUGAGCUGAAAUCUGCAUGAACUAAAUGUCAAACUUCACUAUACUUCAAGAACAUAUCAAAAUAAAAUGCUAAUAGAAUUAACUAAAGAAAUAAUAAUACUCUGCAUUCAAGCAUUCCCUUGUAUUUUAUUAUUUGCUUAAUUUCUGGUGCAUUGUGCAGAAAUUGAAAAAUGAAUGUUUUUUCCCCUCAGAAAGUAUAAUCCUUAAAAUUUAUUUCAACAUUUACACAAUAUCAUUUGCUAUAAUUUCAGAGUUGAUUUUCACUAACAUAUAGUAACUAUGUUGUCUUUAACAAACACUAUUCACAGUAUUACAAGUAACCUAUUUUAGUGUUAUAUAAUUAAUACAAAAAUCCUACAUUCAUUUUUUUAACUACAGCCCUGCUGUUCAAGGCAAAUUUUCUGCCUAUGAAUUACCAUUUUCUAAUUGAAUAAUUUUUUUUAUUUGUAAAUUUAGCUAGUGAUACCAGGAAACAAGCUUGUGAAUUUCUUUGCGGGUAUUUAGUUCAAAGACAAUAUUCUAAAAAUGUGUAUCAUUAGUGCAUUUAAUUUUUUUAUUAAAGAAAAAUAAUUGUAAUGGUGCAAUCCUACUCUUGCCUAUUCAGAAGUUACAAAGAAUGUAGAAAGAUUUAUUUCUAAGUCAGUUGUUUCUAAAUAGAAUUAUAGCUUAAAGAUUAUUUAUGGCAACUAGCUUAAAUCAUGAUUAGUUCCUUUUAUUAUUGUAUAUAUUUUGUUACUGUAUAAUGCAGAGAAGUGAAACAUGGGGGCAUGAGGAAGGCUUAAAAUUUAUUUCUAUAAACUCUUCAAAAACAAUUUUAUUGCAGGCUACUUUAAAAUAAUGCAGGGAUACUGAGAAUAUAACCAACUGUCAAAAUAAUUUCUCCGUGGCUAUUCUAUAGCAGAUGCAUUUCCUAUAGACUUGCAAUAUUUAGUUUGAUGGUUGUAUUAAAAUGUACCUCUUGUUACACAUCAUACUGCUGAAACAGGAAAUAAUUUUCUUUAACUAGACUGAUCUUGUUAUACAUGUAGUCCUUGACUUACGACCACAUUUGGGGCUGAAAUUUUGACUGCUAACCAAUGUAGUUAUUAAGGAAAUCUGGCUUUUCCCUUUGACUGACUUUUUGGAAGCUUGCUAGAGGGUUGCAAAUCAUGAUCACAUGACUGUAAGAUGCAGCCUCUUUGGUAAAUGUGAGCCUGUUACCAAGUGCUCAAAUUGUGAAUGGGUGACUUGCAGGGAUGAUGUGAUGUUGUAACUUCAAGGACAUACUAUAAGUCAUUUUUUUCAACACCAUUGUAACUUCAAACUAUCAUUAAAUGAAUGGUCAUAAGUAGAGGACUAUUUGUAUUAUUUUAAUAAACAUGACAGAUACAAUCAAUAGUUGAAGAUGAAUGAAGAAAACUAUCAUUAAAGGAAGCAAUUCCCCGACAAAUUUUCAUCUGAACAAAUUUCUUGCUUGUAAAUAUUACUGACAAAGAUGUUAUUGGUAGUAAACAUUAGGCUACAAAUGCUUGCUGUCUGUCUUAAAUGGUAAAAUUGAGUAAUAUUACUUUGUUAUGAAGAAAUUUCUAGAAAAACUAACUUCAUAUAUUUCUAUUUCUACACUCAGGUAGAUUCAUAUAACUAAGUCUCCCUCCCACCUUGUGCAAUCACCAUUAACACCAUAUGAUAGCAUUCCAACAACAAUCACCCAAAGAUAAUGAAUCAGAGAACUUUGGGGUAAUCUUAAAAUGUAGGUAAAAUCAUGAUUGCUUAUUAAUUCUCCUCUGACAAGGUCUUUAAAAAUAAAUAUUUCAAAAUCAUAAACUGUUCUAGCACGCCAGCUUUAUGAACCCACAUUUCUAUUGCUUAUUAUCAAGUAGAUCCCUCUCAUUGCAUGAUCAUGCAGCAUUCUGACCAUGCAGCUGCUUAAGGUACAUGACUUUGCUUGAUGAAUAAAGCCUCUUUUCACUAACAUAUCUAUUUGAUUAUAAUUUGAAACAAAACUUAUUUUGGUAAAAUUUUUAUAAUCUGCCUUCAGAAAAAUGCAUUUGAUUAUGAUAGAUAUAUUAAGAAUUAGGGUUGUGAUGAAGUGAACAAAUUAAUCCUAAGCAUUUUUACUGUCACUGCCAUUUUAUGUAUGCUAUGACAUGAGCGGUGGAAUAUCUAGGUUCAAAGAAGAAAUAGUUAUAUCAGUGUAUGUGUGUGUUGGCAUGCAUGUUGUGCUUGUCAGCAAUUCUUUAAACAAUUUCAAGUAAGAAGUAAGUUUCCUUACUUCUUAAGGCAGCGACUACAGAAUCCCAGAAAAAAUAUAUACCUUUAAUUUAAGAAGGUACUGAGAGUUGUAACGUAUUUCUUUUUACAUGCCUAUUCCUAGUAGUAUUUUUAUUAGCGCAUUACUUGCUAAACAUGAAUCUGUAGGAUACUUGUUUACUUUAGUCCAGCGUUUCUCAACUUCUACAGUUUUAAGAUGUGUGGACUUCAACUCCCAGAAUUCCCAAACCAACAUUAGAGGUUUAGAGAACUCUGAGCACUGAAGUCCUUGCAUCUUAAAAGUUGCUGAGAUUGAGAAACACUCCCUUAAUCUAAGUUUAAUGUUGAUGAUCUUUAGCAAAGUUGCCUUAAUGAGCUAUCCUAACUUCAACCUGAAUUCAGAUUACGGACCUCAGGCAAGAUUAAAAGAAGAACCAGAAAUCUCAUGGAAUACUUGCAGAAAGCUCCCUCGGUAUCAUGCUCCUACCAAAGGAAUAUUGAUUCCCAGUGCCCACUCUUGGGUUGAAAUAAAAAACAAAAAAUUAGCAAAAAAAUUAGC